CCGACGCGUGCGGUUUGGGUGCCGGCCCCGCCCCCCGCGCCGCUCCUCCCGCCGGGAACGCACGGUGCGCGCCCGCGAGCUGCCCAGGCCCAGCCCCGAGGAGGCGGCCGCCCCCGGGAAGAUGUCCUACGGAUCCAUCACCGGCGGCGGCGGGCUGGGGAGCCGGGGCCCUUUCGGGGGACCCUCACGACAGGGCUACCAGCCCCUAGCCACCCAGCUGGACCCGAGGGACCUGCAGGGGCUGUUCCAGGAGGCGGCGGCCGGUGUCUCCCGCAUCAGCGCCAGCGCGACCUCCUUGGAGCAGGGCCUCCGGUCCCUGGGGACGCCGAGGGACACCCAGGAGCUGCGGGACAGCCUGCACCUGGCGCAGCAGGAGACCAACCGCACCAUCGCCACCAGCACCAGUGUGGUGAGGCGGCUGUCGGAGCUGCUGCGGGGCUGCCCCCAGCAGGAGCGGCUUCAGCUGGACCGCCUGAAAGCUCAGCUCUCGGACGCCAUUCAGCGCUACGGGGCGGUGCAGACGGGAAUUGCCGAGAGGUCCCGAGCUCUGCUGCCCACGGCACAGACGGCUGGCCGGCGGCAGAGUCCCUGGGCCCCUCCGGCCGCGCUGGCUGACCCGGAGGAGAGCGUCCACGGGGGCGACAGCACGCGACAGGGCCCCGCGCAGGCGCUGCUCCCCGAGCUCACCGAGCAGGACCUGGAGGCCGUGCGGCUGCGCGAGGAGGCCGUCCUGCGGCUCGAGAGCGACCUGCUGGAUGUGACCCAGAUCCUCAAGGACUUGGCCUCCAUGGUGUCGGAGCAAGGAGAGGCCAUCGAUAGCAUUGAAGCCAGCGUCGAGGCAGCGUCCUCGCACACGGAGGCCGCCAGGGAGCUCCUGGCUGGAGCCAGCCGGUACCAACUCCAGAGACACAAGAUCAAGUGCUACUUCCUGUCGGCUGGAGUCACCGUCGUACUGGUCAUCAUCCUUGUCAUCGCCACCUCCGUCCCAAAGUGAUGCCACCUGUGCGCUCCUCCGCGGCAAUUCUGAGCCUAAUCGUCCCCGGGAUCCUCCUCAUCAGGAGAGAAGGAUGGCGAGUCGCUACAGUUCUCGGGGGCUGCGGCUGGGCCUCCGGCUCUGCUCGCUGCCCUCUGUGCCCCCGUCCGCCGACUGCACCCUGGGACCCGAAGUCCCUACAAAACGUAUCCCCAGCUGGCGGGGCCUGAGGGCUCCGAGGGGGGCUGAGGCCCUGGGGUGCCGGAGCGGAUCCCAUCGGCACCAGGUUAUGUGCGGCCGCAGGCACAUCGGUCCUCGUAACACAGACCGGCUGUGCGUCG